CAACUGCCGCGCACGCGGUGGUGAGGGCAGGCCUCUCGCUGCGGGGUGACUGGUAGGGGCGGGGCAAGAGGCGCGGUCCUGCGGCCGGAAGCGGGGGUGGGGCGUCUCUGCUGCUCGUUGCUAUGGAGACACGCAGCUCCGCCCCGGCUUUGACCAAAGUGUUAAUUUUAAUUGAAGAGGAGGCAACAGCAGGCUUAACUGGCCAAAAGAAAUGCCUGAGUCAUUUGUCCGCAAUGUCUUCCUGUAGCAUCAGAGGGAGGGGGCAUCCCAUCCUCCCUCCCAUCCCCUCAAGGAGUGAUCAGACAUUUCUGGACAGCAUACAAAGCUACAUCCUUACAGAAGUUGAAAAAGUGGGCUGUACCGAGCAAGGGCCAGUUGAGGAGUAUUACAUUAUAUACCGACAUGUGUUUGACAAGAUAAUAGAACAUGUUUCAGCAUACAAGAACAUUCUGACAUCAGUCAAACAGGAGUAUGAUGCAUUUAUUGAAGCAUUAAAAGACAACCACAGGAGUGCAUUUUAUCUUCAUGGAAAAUUAAAAGCUCUGGCAUCUGAGCCUACAACUUUGUUGAAUUAUAGGAAAAGAGCAUUCCAGCUUGAAGAUAAAAUAAGGAUCAUUGAGAGAAAUUCUGCUAAAAUUCAAAAUCUGAUAAUGAAAAUAAGAGAUAUAAAAAAGGUGCCCUCUAAAGAAGCUUUGACACAAAGAAAGCAAUUAAACCCUGCAAAGCCUAUACCAGGUCUGAGUAUAAAAGAAUCACUCAACUUGGAUACUCUUUCUAGACACCUAGCUCAGCUAGAGAAGAGAGUGCUGGAAUUGAAAGGUGACAUAAUAACAAAAUACAUCCCUCAGGAGAGCAGGGCAGUGUUAGAGCAAGAGCUCAAGCGCUCAUUAAGUCAACGAGAUGAGGCAGAGGCAUUGAACAAGAAACUGAGGCUUAGGUACAGUUAUAGUAGAAUUACAUUGGUUGCAAAUGCUGUUUCUGCUUGGGCAAAAUAUGACAAGAACACCUCGCUGCAAGAGCUUCUCUCUCAAGUUAUGGAACAAGAGAAAGUUGGUGAAGCUUCUGCUGUCUCUAGCAUCUCUCAUGUAUUUGAAUAUGACCCGGGCAAGAGUAAAGAGGCUGAAGAUUUGCUUGAAUACAUUGAAAGGUUCAAUGAAUUAUUUUCAAGUGGUCAGUAUGAGGCUGCAGCACUUUAUGCAGCAAACUGCCCUAGAGGAAUCCUUCACAAUGAAGAAACCCUGUUGAAAUUUAAAGCACUUGGUUUUAUUAAAGGGAAGAUUCUUCCUUUGCUGAAAUAUUUUGAGGCUCUUAUAAACUCAAGUACUGCAGUUAAACACCCUCUGAAUGCAGCUAUGACUCUGGAAGCAAUCAAAUGUGCACUGUCUGAGAAACAGUUAAAUUUAGUUAUACACUGGGUCACACAGCAAAGGCUGACAUUCUCUGAAGCAAUAGGAGAUGUGAUUUAUGACUAUGGGGAGGUUGAGCCGUACAGCAAGUCCACAUGCCUGGCGUUGGCUCAGAUUGUCUAUAGUCAGUGCAAUAUACACAAGAAAGCUGCUCUGUGUCUGUGUAAACAGGGCCAGAUUUGUGGAGCAAUGGAUUAUAUAAAGCAAUUGAAAUCCUUUUCUUCAGAUGAUUACAUAUUCCUAUUGACAAACUGUGCUAGUAUUGAGCUAAUUUGCUGUCUAACUGAAGAAUGGAAUAGGAAACCAGCAUCUUUAUCCAUUGGGGCUAUAGUCCUCUCACUCAUCUCUACUGCUCACAAGCAACAUGGCUUACAUCUGUUGGAAGAAAUGAGUGAGAAGAAUGCUUUGGAACAAAUUAUACUAAAUGAUACCGUCUGUACUGUGGAAGGCUGGAAGAAGAUUGCAGAUACAUGUGCAGAGAAUAAGCAUGAACAAUUGUCUAAGGAAAUUAUCUCCAUCCUCACUUCACAGGAAGGAGUGGUUGAGAUUUUGCCAGAUGAUGAAGAUGCAAAGAUAAUGGAACAUGUUUUCCUGUAGAUCUUCUGGAGGGCAACUGGGGGAGCUCUUACAGUAUCUGACCUAAGAAUUGUUUUAGCUGUUUUUAUGAACCAUAGAAAACACUGAUCUCUCAGAAAUGGAGCUGAGAAUUCUUUUUACCAUCAAACAAAUUACUUGUUCCUUUUAAUUACCUCUGUGUGCAUUUCUUUUGACUGGAAAGAUAGUUUCAGUACAGAAUAAACUUGGUCUGUUAAUGAAUAUCUUGACAUACAUUCAGGUUUUAUAUGCAUUUCCCUUGCAUUGACU